AUGGGCUCGCAGGCCACUGCGCCACCGCCAUGGCUCUCCUCCCUCCUAGAAUCCAACAAUCCCGCACCAAAGCUCUACGCAUGGACACCCGCACACCUCGGCCUCUCCCCGGCGUCGUCCUCCGCGCCGCCCGCCGACGAUGCCGCCCGCCGCCUCUACAUUCUCGGUCUCGGGAACCUCGGCCGCCUGUACGCCCUGUACAUUCGCUCCAGGGCCCAUGACCCACCGCCCAUUACGCUCCUCGUGCACCGCAAGGAGCUCCUCGCUCAGUGGCACGCGAGCAACGGCAUCCAAGUCACCUGCCGAGACCAAGUCCACACCUGCAAGGACUUUGCCAUUGAAUGGUGGACAGAAGAGCCACCACCCGAGACAGACAGCCACGCCCCGAUCCGCGAAGCUGCCGACGGCGGGACCAUUCACAACCUGCUCGUCACCACCAAGGCGCAGGCCGCGCUGCCCGAGGUGGACCGCAUGCGCCGGUACCUCGACGCGCAGAGCGCCGUGGCUUUUGCCCAAAACGGCAUGUCCAAGCUGUGGCCGCCGCACGGCGCCUCCUACAUGGCCGCGCGCUUCCCUAGCGGCGGCAGCGGCAGCAGUGGCGGCGGCUUCACCCCCCUGCUUUGUGUCACCAACCAUGGGCUGUACUCAACCGGCCCCUUUUCCAGCGUCUUCGCCGCGCCCGCCGACGCCUACCUCGGCCCCGUCGUGCUGCAGGACACGCCAGCCGCGCCCGCCCCAAGCGCCGCAUACCUCACCUCCCAAAUCACCGGCACAACCAUCCUCAACGCCGCGUCGUUUAGCAGCCUCGACGUCUGGGUACUGCAGCUCGAGAAGCUUAUCGUCAACACGUGCAUCAACCCGUUGACGGCCAUCCUGCGGUGCAAGACGGGUGGGCUGUUCGUCACCCCCGACGGCAUCCCCGCGCGCGUCAUGGACCGCCUUCUCGCCUCGUCGAGCCGCAUCCUGCAGGCGCUCGUCGCCGAUGCCAGCAGCGCGCCCAUCCUCGCGACCGACGCGCAGCGCCGCAGCCCCGCGGAGCUGCGCGCGGAGCUCACGGCGCGGUUCGCCCAGCCCCGGCUGCGCGCCAUGCUGCACCGCGCCGGCAUCCGCGUCAAAGACAACAAGAGCUCCAUGCUGCAGGAUGUCGAGGCCGGCAAGCCGACGACUGAGAUUCGCGACUUCAACGGCUGGCUCGUCGACGCGGCGGCGUACCUUCGCGCCGAGAGCAUCGACGUCAGCGUCCACCAGCAAGUCAUUGACCUAGUCGAGCGGCGCGUGGUGAUGAAUGAGGAGCAGCUCGCCGCGCACUUUUUAACAGACGUAAAUGCAGCCAGUAGUUGA